AUGGAAUCCAACCUCGACAACAAUUCUCCUUCGACUCCUGCAGAAGACUCUGGUGAAGGGGCACCAGCAGGCCCAAACACUCGUCAUCGUCGUCGCGCCCGCCGCGCUCAGAGAUUGCUCGACGCCCAGAUCAAGGACGCUUUUUUGACAUUCCUAGCACAGGGUCAGGCAAAGGACCUGCCAGAUAUUCGAUCAGUCAAUCUGCGUGAAAUUCACCCAACGCUCAAUGGUGGCCGGAAGCAGUGUGAAAACUGGCUGGGGACCGUAAAUGAAGCCCUGUUUGUUGCCGGGCUUAGAAACCUGAUCGACAAGAACGUGCGUCGCCCGCUGAUCCUAUCACAAGAGGGAGAUGUGUGGGCUCGAAUGUCACGAAUGGUGAAGUCUUGGCUGGAGCGAAGCUUGGGCCCUCAUAUCCGACAGCGAAUUCUCGACGCAAAUCCCGAAACUGAGCUCAUUUAUGCGGAUAGUUAUAUGGCUGCGGCUAUGAGAUGUCUGGUCAAUGAAUCCGUCGAUUGA